ACGAGUCCAAUAAACCAAUUAAGCAAGCACAAAACUUUUGAUCUUGAGGAAACAAAUUUGGGUGGCGAGGUUUUGAUAAUGUUGAGGGAGAAGUUCGUUCAAUUUUUCACGCGUCUAUGUGGUGUUUUCAAUGCUUUUGAGGAUGACAUGGCACCACUCAGCCCAAAUGAAGAAGAUCCACCAUUAGGAUUGGGAGGAAAACUUAUCAAGAUGACUUGUGCUCUGGCCUUCAAAGCUCACAAAUCACCAAAGAAGUUUUACCUUCUUAAAAAGAUUGGAAGUUCUCCUUCAGAUGUUAAUCUUAUUUUUAGUUUUCCAGGAUCAUGGGAUGCCUCUGAUUGGUUUGUUAGAAAACCUUUUGGGGUAACUAAAAUAAAUCUUGCAUUGUUUCCUUCACUUAGAAGUAUUGGUAAUGAUGAGGCUGCUUUGGUAAAUGAAGCAUUUCUGCUGAGAUUUGAAUCCAUUUUAAGCAAUUCAUCUCUUAAGUCUGAGGUAAAUGAAGCAAUACAAAAAGGGUACCAGAUAGUAUUUACAGGGCACUCUUCUGGUGCUGCAAUGGCCAUUCUUGCAACAUUUUGGGCCUUGGAAGAGCACCUUAACCCAACCAAAAUCCAAAAUCACAAGCCUCCAUUUUGUGUCACUUUUGGGUCUCCCUUAAUUGGCAACCAUAUAUUCUCUCAUGCUUCAAGGAGAGAAAAUUGGUCUCGCUUUUUCGUACACUUUGUUAUGAGAUUUGACAUAGUGCCUAGGAUUUUGCUUGCUCCCUUCUCUUCUAUUGACCAAACUUUUGGCUCAAUUCUCCAAUUCUUGAACUCCGAGUCCAAAACUUCCACCCAAGAUUCAACAAGGGCUAGUUUAAUUUCUGAAUUUUACUCAACCGUGAUGAGAAACACAGCUAUUGUGACAAAUCAUGCUGCGUGUAAUCUCAUGGGCAACACAAAUUUGUUAAUGGAGAAUGUGUCGAAUUUUGUUGCCUUGAGCCCUUAUAGGCCAUUUGGAACUUACAUUUUCUGCAACAGAAAUGGACACAUGAUUGUGAUAAGAAACUCUGAUGUUGUUUUGCAACUCAUGUUUCACACUGCUCAGACAAACAAUUUGACAGAAAAUUCUGAAGUUGCCCACAAAAGCAUGCAAGAACAUCUAGCCUAUCAAGCUAAAUUGCAAGAAAGCUUGGAACUGCUGAAUUUAGUAUACUUAGACCAACUUGAGGAACUUCCCUUGUCUGUUGAUGGUUCUAAUAGUGAUAUUGCCACAGUUAGCACUACUUUGGAUGGCCUUGAAUUGAGCACAAAGGCUAGACUGUGUGUUCGAGCAGCUGGUGAGUUGGAAAAGGAAAAAAUCAGAAAUGAGGGGAAAAUCAAUAUGAGAAAAGUUCUAGAAAGCAUGGAGAAAGUAGAAGAAUACAGAGCAGCAUGUGAGAGUGAGACAACAAAACAUGGUUAUUAUGAUGCCUUCAAGAUGCAAGAUGAGUUAAGGGACUUUAGAGCAAAUGUGACAAGGCUAGACCUAGCCGGUGUGUGGGAUGAGAUCAUAGAAAAGCUAAGAAGUUAUGAACUUCCAGAUGAAUUUGAAGGGAAGAAAAAAUGGGUUGAUCUUGGAACAAGGUUUAGGCAACUAGUGGAGCCUCUAGAUAUUGCAAACUAUUAUCGACAUGCAAGGCAUUACGAGGAUGAUGCUUCUUCUUACAUGGUUAAGGGAAGGCCAAAACGUUAUAGGUACCCUCAAAGGUGGUUGGAACAUGCUGAGAGAAGACCACAAGAAGUUAUCUCAGAAUCUUGUUUUUGGGGUGAGGUGGAGGAUAUUUGCUACAUAACCAGUAAUGGGAAUAGAUCGUUUGAAGAUGUUAAGGAAAGGGUUGAGAGAUUAGAGGCUCAGAUAAAAGCAUGGAGUGAAAAAGGGUAUUUGGCUAAGGAUGUCUUCUUGGAAGGUUCUACCUUGGUAAAGUGGUGGAAGGCACUACCUUCACAUCACAAGAAACAAUCAUGCAUUAGAAGGCUCAUCGAAACUGGCUUUGAAUCUUCUCUGCCCUUAAUUAAAAAUAAGAAAUAAUUUAAAUAAUAAAAAAAAUGAAAUUUUAUUAGUGAAAAAUUUUAAUAAAAAUUGAAGUAAAAAAUUUGAAUCGAGAUAAUUUCUUCUGAUGUAAUGUAACACAUACAAAAUUUGUAACAGGUAUUUAAUUAUUCAAUACAAAUUGUUAUAUAUA